GACUAUUUUAUAGCCAUUUCGGUUGGUGGCGUUGUCAGAAACCCAUUACCCUUUUUUCCUUUUUAAAGGAUACGACCCCCUGGAGGACAAUGCACGGUCAGACUCUGGACCUGCAACCUAUACAAUGGCUGUACCUGGUCAGUGUAUGCGUCUUGCAUCGAAUCUCUGUUGAUGGGACACAUCACUGGCCAGGACGCAGCCAUAUGCCAUGUCCUCCCCCUCGUUUUUCUGUUCUGCUCUUCUUAUUCUCCACGCAAAUAAUGCUUUUCAAAAAUACAAAAUUUGCAUACCUAUAUAGAAAGCACCACAACAAGCUGGCAGAAGCCAAUAGAGGAAAUGUUUGAAGUUCGCUUGAUGGUAUAUAUGUGAAAUAUUACUACUUGAAAUCAACAAGUAUAAAAUAGAAAGGACUUCGGAGGUUGCUAUAAGCGAGGGCUUCUCAUUGCAGGCUACAC